GCCAGAUUACAGCUAAGAAAAUCCCGCCGCUCACAGCGACCAAAUUUAAAUCCCCUCCCUACAUGGGGACAAUUAAAGAAAUUGACCAUAGAAGGGCAACGGCUUGUCCUUCAAGCAGGAAAGCCUUUAAACCCCGAAAACUUGUUUUUAGCUUUAUGUGCCUUGCUCACCGUUGCAUCGGGGACUGAGUCUUCCAGAUCCAAAGAAAAUAACUGACGGAGCUCCUAUAUUUCAACAAAAGACGGCUCUCUUGUGGUGGGGAGAUGGUGGAAUCGCUAACCCUGCUGUUGCAGCCGAAGAAUACCCUCAUCACCUUCAAAAUCAUAUUUGGAAGAUCCCAGCCGCUAUGCAACCUGUAACCUUGUACAAUGUUUCAUAUUCAGGGACUAGUCGAUCUGUAUCUACUACUUAUAAUUUUACUAGGUUUAAAAUGUAUAAUAUUACUGUUUGUGCACCUCUACCUUAUGUCUUUUUAGUGGGAACUUUUAAUUUUACACAUUUUUCUUGUACUUGUUUAAAUUGUCAAUUGUUUACAUGCUUAAAUAGCACACUAAAUUUCACUAAGCCUUAUACAGUUAUGCUGUUACAACAAAAAACUCAUAUUUGGUUGCCUGUAAAUUUAACUCGACCUUGGUCUCAAGACCCGGUAAUUUCUGUUACUACUGAAUUUUUUAAACAUCUGUUAAAACGUACAAAAAGAUUUAUUGGAAUAGUGGUUGCUGUACUGUUAAGUCUGAUAACUGUAGCCUCUCUAGCAGCAGUCUCAGGAGUAGCUUUACAUACCUCUUUGCAAGAAAAACAUGUUGUCGAAUUAUGGCAUGAGAAUUCUCAUGAACUUUGGUUAACUCAGUGGCAAAUAAACGCCAAACUACAACAACAAAUAGACCUCCUUAAACAAACAGUUGAAUGGAUGGGUAGAAAAAUAUUGGCUUUUCAGCAUCAAGUGUUUUUAAAAUGUGAUUGGAAUUCAACUACUUUCUGUAUAACCCAACGACCUUAUAAUCAGACAAAACAUAAAUGGGAAAUGAUUAGAAUGUAUUUAAAUGGAAACACCUCUGCCCAGGAGGAAAUAGAAUCUUUGCAUAAUCAAAUUGACAAGGAUUUUGCAAAGCAAAAUGAUGAUGAAUCUCUAGCACAAUUCGCGCAAUUGCUUGCUCAAUCUUUGAAAGGAUUAGAUUCCAAAGGAAUCUGGCAGAGCAUUACCCACACUUUUAGUGGCAUGGGACUUAGUUUAAUUAUAGUUCUCAUUGCCAUAGUUCUUGUGUAUUUUUACUGCAUAAGACGAAAUACUAUUAAUAACCUGAUCUUAUGGAAAUUGUUGUUAAAAAAUAAAAAGGAAGGAAGUGUGGGGGAUGAGGUGUCACUUUGUAGGCCCAACCCCCUCUAACCUGCAAUUUACAAUAGCCGCCCUGGUAUGCGAGAAGGAGGUAGAAUAGGAAUGCCUGUUCUUAGUGAGCCCUCACCCUCUGGAAUCCAUACUGUGAGCUGGCUUUGUUUUGCAGAAGUCUUGAGGAAGUGGCUGGCCACCCUUUGUGACACUAACAGCAGACAAAUUAACAACAUUCUUGAGCUAAUGAAUUUCUUCCUGGGCUAGAGAGGUUAUGAGAACUGGUUGUGAUUAUUUACUUCACUUAGAUAGUUUUAGAAUAAACAUUGUAGUCUGUCACGUUGUAGCUUGCCACAAAGAAUGCCUUUUCACUACUUAAUUAUCUGGGCUCUGUGAAUUGAUCGGGUUUACUAUAUAUGAAUCCUAAAAUAAAGAUUGUGCGUACAGUGCAGUGCAGUGCAGUGUAACGCGGUGCAGACAGCAAA